CUGGCAAAUAAACAAUAUGGCGGCGUCCUUACAGCGCCUCACGUCUGCUGGAAGAUUACUUUUUCAACGACAUCUUUCAAAGACAAAUUCUUUAAGUAGGCUUCCAGCUGGACCUUAUAGACUCUUAGCCACUCAGGCUGCUCAUCAGGUGGUUCUCAAUGUUCCUGAGACCAAGGUGACCACUCUGGAAAAUGGACUCCGGGUGGCUUCGGAGGACUCUGGACUCUCAACCUGCACAGUGGGCCUGUGGAUAGAUGCUGGGAGUCGCUACGAGAAUGAGAGAAAUAAUGGCACAGCUCACUUCCUGGAACAUAUGGCUUUUAAGGGCACAAGGAAGCGCUCCCAGUUGGAUCUAGAGUUGGAGAUCGAGAACAUGGGGGCUCACCUGAACGCCUACACGUCCCGAGAGCAAACGGUCUACUAUGCCAAAGCUUUCUCGAAAGAUCUUCCACGAGCUGUAGAGAUCUUGGCUGACAUCAUCCAGAACAGCACGCUGGGUGAGGCGGAGAUCGAGAGGGAGCGUGGGGUGAUCCUCAGAGAGAUGCAGGAGGUAGAGACCAAUCUGCAGGAGGUGGUCUUUGAUUAUCUUCAUGCUACAGCAUACAGAUCCACUGCUCUGGGUCGAACCAUCUUGGGCCCCACUGAGAACAUUAAGACGAUCAACAGAGGGGACCUUGUGGAGUACAUCACCACUCACUACAAAGGCCCCAGAAUAGUCCUGGCUGCUGCUGGAGGAGUUUCACAAGAUGAGCUUAUUGAUUUGGCAAAGUAUCACUUUGGAAAACUUCCUGGCAGAUAUAAAGGUGAAGCUCCAUCUCUUCCUCCAUGUGAUUUCACUGGGAGUGAGAUUCGCAUCCGUGACGACAAAAUGCCCCUCGCUCAUAUUGCCAUCGCCGUGGAGGCGGUCGGAUGGUCACACCCCGACACCAUCCCUCUCAUGGUUGCAAACACACUGAUAGGAAACUGGGACCGCUCAUUUGGUGGAGGUGUGAAUCUGUCCAGUAAGCUGGCUCAGAUGGCCUGUCAGGGUAACCUGUGCCACAGCUUCCAGUCCUUCAACACGUGCUACACAGACACGGGUCUGUGGGGGCUCUACAUGGUGUGUGAGCCAGGGACCAUCAAUGACAUGAUGCACUUCACUCAGAUGGAAUGGAUGUCUCUCUGCACCAGUGUGACUGACAGCGAGGUGGCUCGAGCCAAAAAUCUGCUCAAGACCAACAUGCUCCUGCAUCUGGACGGAUCCACGCCCAUCUGUGAGGACAUCGGCAGACAGAUGUUGUGUUAUAGUCGAAGAAUUCCUCUGCACGAGCUGGAGGCCAGGAUCGAUGCUAUAGAUGCUAAGACUAUUAAGGACGUAUGCACCAAAUACAUCUAUAACAAGGCCCCUGCCAUCGCAGCUGUUGGUCCAAUCGAGCAGCUGCCUGACUACAACCAGAUCCGUAGUGGAAUGUUUUGGAUGAGAUCCUGAGCAGAUAUUAAUCUAUAGACUGUCCUGCCCCCUCCGACUGUAUAGCAUUUCAACAAACAAAAUAUUUAUGACUCAUCUGUAGUACUUUUCCUCCUUUAAUUUUUAUUAUAAAAUAAAGACCAACACAAUAAUGUUAAAAUAACA